AUGGGCAAGCACAGGCGCCAUGGUCCGAGCUUAACCUCGUCUGAGGAAGAGGAUACAUCGACAGGUGAGGAUGAGACUUUAGUGAAUUUAUCCGGUUCGCGAUCCUCCAGUCGUCGUCGAGCGUCCAAUCCGGCGGCACAACAUUCGGCUGGGCCUUCUCCGGAUCCGAUCGUCAUAGACACGCCGAGCCCUUCGCACGACCCUCCACCUCCUGUUGAUCCUGUUAUUCCUACCGUGACCAUUUAUCUCGCGCAGAACUUUUCGGAGAAGCGUCCAACGACUCGGAUGGUGCCAUCAGCACCUUUCUGGUUCGCCUCGUAA